AUGUCCGAACCCAUCCAAUGCAUCGUUUCCUACCCCGCAAAGACCGCUGCCGGUGCCGCGGCCCGGUUCGAUAGAGAAUAUUAUCUAAACGUCCACAUGCCCAACACCGAAAAAGCCUGGGGCCCCCAUGGCAUGAAGAGCUGGUCGGCUGCGGAGUUUCCAGCUGAGCAUCCUCUCGAUGGCAGCGACAUGCCAUUUGUUGUUCAGACAACGGUGACUUUUGAAAGCGAGGAGAAGCUCCGUGCGGCGUUUCUGGCGCCGGGCACCAAGGAGACGACGACGAAUUCUGAUAAGUUUACGGAUGUGAAGCCGGUUAUCUGGGUGGGAAAGGUCGCUGGGUCGAAGACUUUGUAAAAUUCCGGGGGAUCCUGAUCGUGUUUGACGGUUAUAUAAGUCAUUACAUACAGCACUAGGCAUAUAUAUGUAUAUAUAUGUGUGUGAGAUGCGUGGAUCGCAAGUUCAAG